CCGACACAAUAACUGUAAGAACAAGCAUAUACCUAUUAAGUAUGUAUUAACUAUCGGACUGCUAUAAUUUAAAGAAAUUAAUAUGAUUCUUCCAGUCUAAUGAGUCCUUGACAUUCGUUAAUUGUGCUUUAAAAUGUAGCCAAGGCCAAAGGUUUUUCGUUUUGUUAUAUUGCAGUGAAUAAUAUUAUUCGUGAACCUACCAUUUUUAUCUUUAAACAAAAAGGCACUAUGAAACAAUGAUAUAAUAUGUGAAAUGCUAAUCUAUGCGACUGCCCGUUAACCAACGUGAGCCAUUAGAUGAACACAUAAACUGAAAGUUAAUCUCCAACCUUCUCGCUUAGAUUUUUGACUUUUUAUUUAUUUCAGUUGCAUCACCAACAACGAAAUGACUAGUGUCCUAUUCGUAAAUUUCGGAUCUAUAACAACAUUAGAAGCUGUUUUUUUUUUUGGGUUCUGUAUACUGUACGUAACUUGUAUCGUAUUUUUCCUCUUUUCUUAAAAUUAGGGUUUCUCAUUGAUACUGACUAGAGAGGUCAUCAUCAGCUUGUUCUGUGAACCUGGGAUAUACUCUAGGUUCCUUUGCAUUUAUUUUCUUAGUUUGGUAAAAAAUUAUAACUAACAGACGUUUUGUACAAUAGUCUGGCGUUUCCACAUCUUUUUCUUUUCAUUUUUCAAAAAAAUACAAUUUAGAAGAUAUUUUCUUCACUAAAGAAAUUUGAAGGAAAAAGGGGUAUUCAUUUUUUCAGGUAUAUGCAAUGCUUUUAACCUUCCACUAUCAAUGGUUUUGCUCCUCUUUUUAAUCUGUCACUGGAUGUGUGUCUCCCCUCGAUCUCCUUUCUGAAGUAGCAGGCCUUUAUAGUUUAAAUAUAUACAUGGAUAUUCGGCAUUAUACGGUCUAAAAACUAAAUUUCUAAUAACCGUAUGUUAGUGUUGAUAUAAUCAGCCAAUAAUUGUUAGUCUCUGUAAAGUGAUUCUAUGAAGACGUAUACAGCAUAAGAAUCAUUAUUCCAAAUUUUAUAAGUGCCUUGUCUACGAAGUGUAGCAAAAGUUACAAUGGCAAUGCGCUUGUUAUUAGUAAACGAACAUAUUAGUGGAAACUAUUUAAAAUCUUAUUGUGAGAGACACUUUUGUAACUAGAACUACAGUACUUGGGACUUUUUGAAUUCUUCAUUCUUUUUUCUUAAUUAACUCUAUUUACGUUGAAAAACUAGACGCUUUAAUAUUACUUUAUUUUUGGGAAAAAAUCUUAAACAUUUCUAUAAAUAGGUUUCUUUGCGGUGCUAAAAAACACAUAGCAAUGUCGGGUAGUGCUCACCCUAUGGACGGUGAAGGAGAGCUUUCGGCGGCGGAUAUGUCUUCCCCGCGGCAGACAAACACACCGUUUGUCCAUAAGGUCGAAGUUCCUCCGAAGCAAAGCCUGUUCAAUGAGUUCAUGUACACUUUCAAAGAAACUUUCUUCCACGAUGAUCCUCUUAGGCAUUUCAAGGACCAGUCACUGUCCAAGAAGCUCAUGCUCGGGCUCCAGUCUGUCUUCCCGGUUUCCGAAUGGGGACUAAAGUACAAUCUCAAGAUGUUUCGUGGAGAUUUUAUUGCCGGUUUAACCAUAGCUAGUCUGUGCAUUCCUCAGGAUAUUGGAUAUUCAAAGCUCGCAGGUCUCAACCCUAAGUAUGGUCUAUAUUCAAGCUUUGUUCCUCCGUUGGUGUACGCGUUUAUGGGAAGCUCAAGGGAUAUAGCGAUCGGACCCGUCGCAGUGGUCUCACUCCUUUUAGGCACUCUCCUUCGUGCUGAGAUCGACCCGACCACAAGCCCUAACGAAUAUCUCCGGCUAGCCUUCACUGCCACGUUCUUCGCAGGUGUCACUCAAGUUACACUCGGAUUCUUUAGAUUAGGUUUCUUGAUUGAUUUCUUAUCCCAUGCCGCGGUGGUUGGGUUCAUGGGCGGAGCAGCCAUAACCAUAGCCCUUCAACAACUCAAAGGGUUCCUUGGAAUCAAGAAGUUCACCAAGAAAACAAGUAUCGUCGCGGUUUUUCAAUCCGUCUUCAGCUCAGCCCCUCACGGAUGGAAUUGGCAGACAAUACUCAUUAGUAUAUCGUUCUUGAUCUUCCUCCUCGUCUGUAAGUUCAUUGGCAAGAAGAGCAAGAAACUGUUUUGGAUUCCGGCCGUCGCGCCGUUGCUAUCAGUUAUUAUUUCCACCUUCUUUGUUUACAUAACCCGAGCCGACAGGAAAGGUGUUAAAAUAGUGAACCAUCUCGAUAAAGGCAUAAACCCUUCUUCGUUGCGUCUAAUAUAUUUCUCCGGCGAUUACCUAGCUAAAGGCAUCCGCAUUGGCGUUGUCUCAGGCAUGGUCGCCUUAACAGAAGCUGUAGCGAUCGGAAGAUCAUUUGCAGCAAAGAAAGACUACCAAAUCGACGGAAAUAAAGAGAUGGUAGCAUUAGGAGCCAUGAACGUGAUCGGUUCGAUGACUUCUUGCUACGUAGCCACCGGUUCGUUCUCAAGAUCAGCUGUGAACUUCGUGGCCGGAUGUCAAACAGCAGUUUCCAACAUCAUAAUGUCGAUGGUCGUCCUCUUAACGCUUCUCUUCCUCACUCCUCUUUUCAAAUACACACCCAACGCGAUUCUUGCUGCGAUCAUCAUCAACGCCGUGAUUCCUUUGAUCGACGUACACGCCGCCGUUUUGAUUUUCAAGAUUGACAAGCUAGAUUUCGUUGCUUGCAUGGGAGCUUUCUUAGGUGUCAUCUUUGCAUCUGUUGAGAUUGGUCUUCUCAUUUCCGUGGGCAUAUCUUUUGCUAAGAUACUCUUGCAAGUUACAAGACCUAGGACAGCGAUUCUAGGAAAGAUUCCGAGGACUUCGGUUUACCGGAAUAUCCAUCAGUAUCCUGAAGCGACUAUGGUUCCCGGAGUGAUGAUAAUUCGUGUUGACUCGGCUAUUUACUUCUCUAAUUCUAAUUACGUUAGAGAAAGGAUUCAAAGGUGGUUGAUAGAUGAAGAAGAGAAAGUGAAAGCUGUUAGCUUACCUAAUAUCCAGUUUCUGAUCAUCGAAAUGUCACCUGUCACAGACAUCGAUACUAGUGGUAUUCACGCCUUAGAAGACUUAUACAAAUCUCUCCAGAAGAGAGACAUUCAGUUGGUUCUAGCGAAUCCAGGACCGUUGGUAAUAGAUAAGCUACACGUCUCUAACUUCGCAGACAUGUUGGGAUACGACAAAAUAUUUCUGACGGUGGCUGAAGCCGUUAAUUCUUGCUGUCCCAAACAAUCUGACGAGGUCUGAAACGGUGAAGAAUCUUGAUGAUGAAGCAAAAAAGUUUAAGUGUUGUAUGUUUUAUAGACUGAGUUGAGUAGUCAUUAGUCAGUGACUUUGCCUUCGAUGUUAGCUGUUAUCCCCUUAUGGCUGGCUAUGUGUGACAUAGAUGUCAAGCGUGUAGGCUACCUAUGUGGCCUUUAUAUUUAGAGCUUUCAUUUGUUUUGCUUAAAGAAUUUGCAAAAUAUAGUCAUAUUCUACUAUCAUUUUGUGUUACUUUUAACAUACUGGAAUCAAAUAUUCAAUGGUGUCGGUGGAAAAAUCAACUGCAAUUCCUAUAUCACCCGUGAGUACUAAAUGAAUUUAUAAUAUCUUUCACAUGGUUGAGUUGGUGAGAGAGGUUUGCGUUGAUGGUUGCUUAGAUCACAGAUCAUUUUUGUACAUUUUUUUGUAACUUCUAUAUCGUUAAAUCGUUAUUUGAUUAACUUGCUAAUGUUUGUUUUUCUUUUUAAACAUUAACUAGCACACAAAUUUAUUAAAAACUGUUGAUCUAGUCUAGUAAAAUCGGUACCCAAACAAACACUGGAUUAUUGCCAAAUUGCUAUUGGUAGAAAAACUUUGACAAAACAUAUAUAUGUUGGACCCAAUUUCAGUCAAUUAUGUGAUUGGACCUAAAUAGCCCGGUCCGCACAACUUACAAAAAAGCCCGACUCCGGCUAGCAAGAGGAGAUCGAUUUCGAGAGCCGGAGACCGCGGAGAAGUGAAGAGAAAUCGGGGAGGAACCCACUAUAAAAAAGGAUCGAUGGGAACAAGGAGGCACACGGAGAAAAUCCUAGAGAGAGUUACACACACACAUCAACCUCAUUUCAUAUCGCUUUAAGUCUUUUUUCUGAUCGACCUCGUUUGUAACGUCGGAUCUUAUUCCUCUUGUUGUAUUCGAUCUUAUUCAUCAAUAAAAUUCAUCUCUGCAUACUAGAAUUUGAUUAUAUCGUUGUGUUCUAAAGAUAUCGUUGCCCACAUCAUAUUUUCUUCCCCAGAUUAAACUUUCAUUCACUAUAAAAUACUUAGCGUAGAUUUUAGGAUCUAGAGUAUAUAUAUUUUAAACUCGUCCCUACAAAAUUAUGAGUGAGCUAGAAGUGGAAUCCCACUUGUGGAGGAACGAUGGUCCACAAACCAAAAUCCCCAUUUGGAUUUGGUAUACGGUAUUAGGACAUGUAUUUUAUUUAAUAAUGGUUUAGGGGCAUCUAGGCGUUAGUUAGACGACCCGAUGAACACAUGCUAUGUUUUGCCAUUCCAGAUUUAACACAAAAAUACAUCACCACCGUGCAAUAACAUCACUACAAAAAAACAUAAGUUUAGCGAAGAAAUUUAAUGAUGAAAAGUAAUCCUCGUAAGUUUACGUCGACUUUACGAAGAACUUACGAGGAAAUAUAAAAUCAGCGUUAUUUCCUCGUAAAAUAACGACGAAAUGAUUUCGUCGUAAAGUCGAUGUAAUGUCACGUGGCUUUUACGAGGAAAUACGCUUUCCUCGUAAACUCGACGUAAAUAUAGCGUGUACUUUAUGAGGAAAUAUUUUACGUCUACUUAGCGAGGAAAAUUUGAAUCCACCAACUUUGUAGUUGUAACACGUUUUUUUCGGCCACCUAACUAAAUUUCGUCGUAAAUUCUUAGGAAAAUUACAACUACCAGAUUCGAAAAUUUUCUAUAAAUAUGGACAUUUGAACAUCAUUUUAAACACACCAACAAGAAAAAAAAUGUGAAAGAAAAAAAAAAUGUCGGGCUCCGGGAACAUUUUUGAGUUGCGGAGGUGGAUGUAUAGAUAUGCUAACGGAAGAGUGACGAAAAAAUACCUUGCGGGGCUGGAGACAUUUAUGCAUC